GUGUGAGAUACAGCAGCCCUACCUUUUCUAUGGGGAGUUUGGGGGGCUUGAUAGAAGCAGCAGCAGCAGCAGCAGGUAUUAGUGGGAGGAGAGCUGAAGUAAUGAGAAGUCAUCAUGGAGGCCCAGUCCCAUAGCUCUGCCACAACCGAGAAGAAAAAAGUUGAGAAUUCCAUAGUGAAAUGCUCCACUCGAACAGAUGUCAGUGAGAAAGCUGUUGCCUCCAGCACAACUUCCAAUGAGGAUGAAAGUCCUGGACAGACCUAUCACAGAGAGAGAAGAAACGCAAUCACAAUGCAGCCACAAGGUGGGCAAGGCCUCAGUAAAAUCAGUGAAGAGCCUUCAACAUCUAGUGAGGAAAGGGCCUCAUUAAUAAAGAAGGAGAUCCAUGGAUCUAUAUCGCACCUUUCUGAGCCUUCUGUACCUUAUCGUGGGACGGUUUUUGCAAUGGACCCCAGGAAUGGUUACAUGGAUCCUCAUUAUCAUCCCCCUCACCUUUUUCCAGCAUUCCACCCUCCUGUGCCAAUUGAUGCAAGACAUCACGAGGGACGUUACCAUUAUGAACCAUCUCCCAUUCCUCCACUGCAUGUUAGCCCAACAUAUUCAGAUCUUCCGUUCAUUAGAAUUUCCCCACACAGAAAUCCGGCUGCAACAUCAGAAUCUCCCUUCAGCCCUCCUCACCCUUACAUUAACCCUUACAUGGACUACAUCCGAUCACUGCACAGUAGCCCGUCUCUGUCCAUGAUCUCGGCAGCCCGUGGACUCAGCCCUACUGACGCUCCACACGCUGGAGUCAGUCCAGCUGAAUAUUACCAUCAGAUGGCUCUAUUGGCAGGUCAGCGCAGCCCAUAUGCAGACAUUAUUCCUUCAGCUGCUACUGCAGGAGCUGGUGCCCUUCAUAUGGAAUACCUUCACGCCAUGGACAGUGCCAGGUUUCCGAGUCCAAGGCUGUCAACUAGACCAAGCCGAAAGCGUACGCUGUCCAUAUCGCCCCUGUCUGAUCAUAGCUUUGACCUUCAGACCAUGAUACGGACAUCUCCAAACUCCUUGGUCACAAUUCUCAAUAAUUCUCGUAGCAGUUCUUCAGCUAGUGGUUCCUAUGGCCAUUUAUCUGCAAGUGCAAUAAGUCCUGCUCUGAGUUUCACUUACCCUCCAACACCGGUAUCCCUCCAGCAAAUGCAUCAGCAAAUUAUAAGUCGUCAGCAAACCCUAGGUUCAGCCUUUGGACACAGCCCUCCACUCAUCCAUCCUGCCCCAACUUUUCCUUCCCAGAGACCUAUCCCAGGCAUCCCUAGUGUCCUGAACCCUGUCCAGGUCAGCUCUGGUCCUUCCGAGUCCACGCAGCAGAAUAAACCCACAAGUGAAUCUGCAGUGAGCAGCACCGGGGAUCCAAUGCACAACAAGCGUUCCAAGAUAAAACCAGAUGAGGACCUCCCCAGUCCAGGUGCAGGAAACAUGCAGGAACAGCCAGAAGGAAUGACCCUUGUAAAGGAGGAAGGGGACAAAGAUGAAAGCAAGCAGGAGCCCGAAGUGGUCUAUGAGACGAACUGCCAUUGGGAAGGCUGUUCACGAGAGUUUGACACGCAGGAACAGCUAGUGCAUCAUAUAAACAAUGAUCAUAUACAUGGAGAGAAGAAGGAGUUUGUGUGCCGAUGGCUGGAUUGUUCCCGGGAGCAGAAGCCGUUCAAAGCCCAGUAUAUGUUGGUGGUACACAUGAGGAGACACACAGGGGAAAAACCACACAAAUGCACUUUUGAAGGUUGUACAAAGGCCUACUCCAGACUAGAAAACUUGAAAACCCACUUGAGAUCUCACACUGGAGAGAAACCAUAUGUGUGUGAGCAUGAGGGCUGCAACAAAGCAUUCUCUAAUGCCUCCGAUCGAGCCAAGCACCAAAACAGGACUCAUUCCAAUGAGAAACCAUAUGUUUGCAAGAUACCAGGCUGCACAAAGCGCUACACAGACCCCAGUUCUCUCCGGAAACACGUGAAGACUGUGCAUGGCCCUGAGGCACAUGUCACCAAGAAGCAGCGUGGAGAUAUUCAUCCAAGGCCUCCACCACCAAGAGACCCAGGCAGCCAUUCUCAAUCCAGAUCACCAGGCCAGCAGACUCAGGGUGCAAUUGGCGAACAAAAGGACCUCAGCAACACUACCUCAAAGCGGGAAGAAUGCCUCCAAGUGAAAGCUGUCAAGUCAGAAAAACCGAUGACAUCUCAGCCAAGCCCUGGUAGUCAGUCUACAUGCAGCAGCGAACAGUCCCCCAUCAGCAACUAUUCCAACCAUGGGAUCGAGCUUAAUCUGACCAGUGGAGGUAGUGUAGGAGACCUCAGUGUCAUUGAUGAAACCCCAAUCAUGGACUCUACCAUUUCCACAGCAACCACAGCACUUGGCUUACAGGCCAGGAGGAACAUGACAGGGACCAAAUGGAUGGAGCAAGUCAAAUUAGAAAGGUUGAAACAAGUUAAUGGAGUGCUUCCAAGACUGAAUCCCAUUCCACCUUCAAAAGCCCCAACCUUGCCACCUCUCAUAGGAAAUGGUAUCCAGUCAAGCAGCAGCUGCAGUUUAGGAGGAUCCAUGACUAUUCUACCCAACAGAAAUGAAUUUUCAAGUAUGGACAUUACAGUGUUAAACAUGCUGAACAGGAGGGACAGCAGCACCAGCACAAUCAGUUCCGCCUACUUGAGUAGCCGUAGGUCCUCUGGAAUUUCACCUUGCUUUUCCAGUCGGAGAUCCAGUGAUGCUUCCCAAGCUGAGGGAAGGCCUCACAACAUGAGUGUCGCCGACUCCUAUGACCCCAUCUCGACUGAUGCCUCCAGGCGAUCCAGUGAAGUGAGUCAGUGUGAUGGCCUGCCAAGCCUACUCAGCCUCACCCCAGCCCAGCAAUACAGGCUGAAAGCUAAAUAUGCAGCAGCUACUGGUGGACCCCCACCAACUCCACUGCCUAACAUGGAGAGGAUGAGCCUCAAAACAAGGAUGGCGCUGCUGGGUGAUUGCAGGGAGUCUGGAGUAUCUCCUCUGCCUCCAGUAAAUGCUCCUCGGAGAUGUAGUGAUGGAGGGGCAAAUAGUUAUAACAGGAGGCAUUUUCUGCCUCAUGAUGUGCUGGGAAGUGGGACAAGGAGAGCCAGUGAUCCAGUAAGAAUGGUCUCCGACAACCUUUCUCUGCCUAGAGUCCAGCGAUUCAACAGUCUUAAUAGCUUUAACCCUCCUGUUUUGCCUCCAUCUAUGGAAAAGCGAAACUUUAUUCUUCAGAACUAUACCCGCUCUGAUGGCGGCCUGUUCCGUAACGCCUACUCCCCAUGUCCUCCGAGUAUCAGUGAGAAUGUCACCAUGGAGGCUGCUACUAUGGAAGCGGACGGUGGUCUGAAUGAUGAGGAUCUCCUGCCAGAUGAUGUGGUUCAAUAUUUGAAUUCCCAGAACCAGGACAUGUAUGACCACUUGCCAAACGAUGUCCUGGACAAUAACAAAGUGCAUCAUGGGUCAGCAGUAGGGAACAACAACUUUCACCAGGCCCCUUCACCAAACAGUCAACAGACCAGCUCUGAAGCAAACAAAAGCGACCUGCCAAUCCAGUGGAAUGAAGUAAGCUCAGGAAGUUCUGACUUGUCUCCUUCAAAAAUGAAAUGUGGUCCACGCUCGGCAGUCCAACAAACUCGAGCUUUUGGACUAUAUAACAAUAUGAUGGUCCAGCAGCAGAACCUGGAGAGAAAUGGUAUGGCCCAACAAAAUGGCUAUCAACAUCUUGUGGAAAACAACAGCUCUUACAGUUUACAUCAGAACAUGAUUAUCAGCAACACUACCACCAGUAACUCUUUCAACAUGCAGGCAAAUAAGGCACAGCCAUAUGGUGAAAGCAUCACCAGACAACCAAUGAUUUCUGGGGAAAUGGACAGUUCCUGUGGCUUAGUGAUUCAAGGGCAGAAGUUGAGGAACAACAACAUGCUAACAAACAAAAGUCAGCAAAACUUUGGCCAUCCCAUGGUGCCAGGUGAGCAAUCUGUCAGUAUGACUAAUGGGAUGCAGAGUAGAAAUACGAUAGAACAGGAAUACCUGCAAAAUCAGCCAAUAGGGGAAGGCAUUCAUUAUCAGGGAGUCAAUCAAACCAAUCAAAUGAUGUUAGGGCAGGUUAGUCCUACCUCACAAAUGAGCCUUUGUCAAGGGCCACAGAGUUGUCCACCAAUGUCUCACAACAUUGGAAACCAGCAAUCAGGUUUGGUGGUGACAAAGAGUUACCAGCCAUGUGCCAACUAUGGAGGCAACAGACGGCAAAACAUGCUGAGAAACAACCUGGCACAACAGCAAGGAUUUAUAAGUGAUACAAACCAGACAUACAGGGUAAAUGGCAUUAAGAUGGAGAUGCAAGGUCAAUCACAACCGUUCUGCUCUAAUAUGCAGAAUUACUCUGGUCAGUUAUAUGACCAAUCCAUGGGCUUUACUCAGCAAGCUAUGAAAACAGGUUCUUUCUCUAUUUCGGAAGCUAACUGCCUGCUGCAGGGGACUGGUAUUCCAAAUUCGUCUGAGCUUCUUUCCCCAGGGGCUAACCAGGUGACAAGCACAGUUGACAGCAUUGACAGCAACAGCCUAGAAGGUGUGCAGAUUGAUUUUGAUGCUAUCAUAGAUGAUGGGGACCAUGCCAGCUUAAUUUCAGGAGCCCUGAGUCCGAGUAUCAUUCAGAAUCUCUCACAUAAUUCUUCACGCCUCACCACUCCCCGAGCGUCUCUUACAUUCCCAGCUAUGCCUGUGAGCACAACAAACAUGGCUAUUGGGGACAUGAGUUCUUUGUUGACCUCACUUGCAGAAGAAAGCAAGUUUCUUGCUGUUAUGCAAUAGACAUGGGGAAAAAAACUUAGGAGAUAACCGAUAAAAAGUGACUCAUUUUUUAGUUGUGUAUGUAUUUUAGCAAUCUCAUCUCACCUAAAUGGGAUGUGUUUCAAGUAUAUUCCUUUUAUGGAAUAAGGACUCCAAAAACCCUAAAGUGUUCUAGGGAGAAACUGUCUUCCAUUUCUGUUUUGAAUCAGUAUUGUUAGACCCAC